AUGACAGAUCAACCUCAGAGUCUCAAAGAGCUACUACAAACGGCAAAGGCCCAGAAACAAUCAAUAGAGUACAGUGCCGAGCCCAACAGCGAUGCCUACCGACAGGAAGUGUCCGCGACCAUCGACAAGCUACAAGAAUGCCAGAGGUUGAUCAGUCAGCUAUCACUAUUCAGUUCAAACGAAGGUUUAGAGGAUAUCUCAACCUCUAACUUACAGUUCUUAACAGUCGAUUAUCUCUUAGCUGAAGUUGUUCAGCGUACCUUGUCGACCGAUCGAGAAUCCGUACUGCGCCGCGCCCAGGGCGAAUAUGAAAAAUUCCUGACCCGGCUUGACGAUUAUAGACUGCUAUCAGACCACAAUAGAAAACUCUUCGAACAAUACACCGAAAACCCAGCGCGAUUUUCACUCGCCUCAAAGAACGAUGCCGCCAACAGACGGGAAGUCAAGGUCGCACGGUUCCGGGAAGAAAAGGAGCUCAAACAAAAAUUAGAGUACUUGACACAGAAUGAGAGCCGACUCCAAAACGAGGAUGAAGCGACGAGGAAAUUAUAUUUGGCCGAAAUCAACUUUUACACACAUCAGACUUUUCAAUCCCUCGAUAUGAUUGCGCAAGAAUUGGACAUGCUAUCUCAGAUGCACAAUGCCCCUCCCGUCUCAGCUCUGCAAAGCGACCCAAGAAGUCGAGAGGCGACGGACAAAAAUAGCUAUUCUGAAAGACUGGACGGUCCACUUAGUCAGCUUCUCAAGGGCGGUCGCUCUGGUCCACUGCUCAGUAAAUCUGGAAAGCCUUUACAACCUUUUACACUGACGAAUAAACGUACCGAGCUGCAACAGGGAGUUUUUAGAUCAGGGCAUAAUCUACCUACAAUGAGCAUUGAUGAAUAUUUGGAAGAGGAACGAAGGCGUGGUGGUAUUCUAGAAGGAGGAACAAAUAAUGAGGUGCCAGAACCUGACGAAGAUGAUUUGGACAAAGCCGAUGAAGAGACGAUGAAGGCACGCGCUUGGGACGAGUUCAAGGAAGAUAAUCCGAGAGGCUCGGGAAAUACUCUGAAUAGGGGUUGA